AUGAGUGUUGAAGAGAUCAAUGCUGCCAGAAAGGCGGUUGAAUUCAGCAGAGAAAGUCUUGAAUCCGUUUUGAAAAGAAGAUUCUUCUAUGCUCCAGCGUUCGAACUAUACGGUGGUGUUUCUGGUCUAUACGACUAUGGUCCACCAGGAUGUGCUUUCCAAGCUAACAUUGUUGAUGUUUGGAGGAAGCACUUUGUGUUAGAAGAAGACAUGUUGGAAGUUGACACCACUAUGUUGACUCCAUACGAAGUCUUGAAGACAUCUGGUCAUGUUGAUAAGUUCAGUGACUGGAUGUGUAAGGACCCAAAGACUGGUGAAAUUUUCAGAGCUGACCAUUUGGUUGAAGAAGUUUUGGAAGCCAGAUUAAAGGGUGAUAAAGAGGCCAGAGGUUUGGCUUCUGAUGCUAACGCAGAAGCUCAAGCUGACGCUGACAAGAAGAAGAGAAAGAAGAAGGUCAAGGAAAUCAAGGCUGUCAAGUUGGACGACGCAGUUGUGAAGGAAUACGAGGAAAUCUUGGCCAAGAUUGACGGUUAUUCCGGUGCUGAAUUGGGUGAGCUAAUGGUUAAGUAUGACAUUGGUAACCCAGUUACUGGUGACAAAUUGGAACCACCAAGAGCUUUCAACUUAAUGUUUGAAACCGCAAUCGGUCCUUCCGGUCAAUAUAAGGGUUACUUGAGACCAGAAACUGCUCAAGGUCAAUUCUUGAACUUCAACAAGCUUUUGGAAUUCAACAACGGUAAGACUCCAUUUGCUUCCGCCUCUAUUGGUAAGUCAUUCAGAAACGAAAUUUCUCCAAGAUCCGGUCUUUUGAGAGUUCGUGAGUUCUUGAUGGCUGAAAUCGAACACUUUGUUGACCCAGAAGACAAGUCUCACAAGCGUUUCCACGAAAUCAAGGACAUCAAGUUGAAGUUCUUGCCUCGUGAAGUGCAACAAUCUGGUUCUACUGUCCCAGUUGAAACCACAAUUGGUGAAGCUGUCGCCAGCAAAAUGAUUGACAACGAAACUUUGGGUUACUUCAUUGCCAGAAUCUAUCUAUUUUUGAUGAAAAUUGGUGUUAACCCUGAUAGACUGAGAUUCAGACAACAUAUGGCUAACGAAAUGGCACAUUACGCUGCUGACUGUUGGGAUGCUGAACUACACACAUCUUACGGUUGGAUUGAGUGUGUUGGUUGUGCUGAUAGAUCUGCAUACGAUUUGACCGUUCACGCUAACAAGACAAAGGAAAAGUUGGUUGUGAGAGAAGCUUUGGAAAAGCCAAUCCAAGUCACCAAGUGGGAAGCCACUUUGGUAAAGAAAUUGUUUGGUCCUAAAUUCAGAAAGGAUGCACCAAAGGUUGAAGCUAGAUUGCUAGCGCUAUCCCAAGAAGAGCUAGAGUCCUACUCUGCUGAGUUGAAGAAGAAUGGUAAGAUCACAUUGAAGGUUGAAGGUAUGGAUGCCGACGCCGAAGUUGACGAUAAGAUGAUCUCUAUUGAAAAGGUUACCAACACCGAACAUAUCAGAGAAUACGUUCCAAAUGUUAUUGAACCAUCUUUCGGUAUUGGUCGUAUCAUCUACGCCGUGUUUGAACACUCUUUCUGGAGCAGACCAGAAGACACUGCUAGAGCUGUUUUGUCAUUCCCACCUCUAGUUGCCCCAACUAAGGUGCUACUUGUUCCAUUGAUGAACAACCCAGAAUUGUCUAAGAUCACAGCUGAAGUGUCUAAAACCCUAAGAAAGGAGCAAAUUCCAUUCAAGGUUGACGAAUCAGGUGUCUCUAUCGGUAAGAGAUACGCUCGUAACGACGAAUUGGGUACUCCAUUCGGUGUUACUAUUGACUUUGACUCUGUCACUGAUGGUUCCAUCACUCUAAGAGAAAGAGACUCUACCAAACAAGUCAGAGGUUCUGUCGCUGAUGUCAUUAAGGCUAUUCGUGAUAUCACUUACCAAGGCGUCUCUUGGGAAGAGGGUACUAAGAAUUUGAAGCCAUUCAACUCCCAAGCUGAAGCUGAAACUGAAGCUUAA